GGGCAACUGAAUUUAUCAUGCUCGUUAAGGAGUCAUUCGCCUCAGAGAAACUCACGCAACAAAAUGCAUCGUUUGGUAGCAAUGGUUGAAACCAGCACUAUUACAACACGAGAGCGAUCUACAAUUGGCAAACGCAAGAUCGUUUUGAUCGUAUUCUUAGCUUGGUUAAUUGUGGUUUCAAUCCAACCUUCUGAAACUUUUCCGCAAAAGACAGACUGUCUACGCUUAUGUCGCCUGACUCGAGAAGAAAGCUCCAAAACAAGGAUGAGAGCACAUGUAAGUAGCUGUUUUUUUGUGGGCACGAUAACACCGUAAGAGCUCGAUCAAUUUGCUGAUCAACAAACAACUUUCUGUUCCCAGUCUUUGCUUCGGGUAAAUCCACGGAGCUUUAUCGGAGUUUCAACCGACGAAAAUCACGAGCCCAGCUAUAAAACGAAGUUUCGGGAAUGAGUUUGAUUACGAAAGCUCAGCUUUGAUUAGAAAGAAAGCGCGGGUUCUAACGAUAUCAUGAUGGCUUAAUGAGCUGGUUUGUAUAUUUUGAUUCGCAGGCCUGUUCAGUUCAAACUUCUUCGGUCUUUCUUGUAACAGUACAUACGUGAUUCUAAAUGGUAGAUCAGUAAACUGCGAGAAAUAUGAUUAGAGUCUGAAAACACGAUUAAGUUUUAACUUUUGGUGGAUCAGGCGUAAGAAACUACAAUUAGCUGAAUUUUGAACGUCCUUAACAGUAAACAUUAAGGAGUCGUUUAUGCUGCAUAUACUAAUGAGCUAUUGAGUAGGUUUUUAUAGCUGUCAGUCAAAACCCAUUUGCUUUAUUACAGGCCUUGCUUUCCGUCACGUCUCGGCUUGAGCAGUAGUUUUGAACUCGAAUAUACGUUUACACUCGAGGGAAAUAAAACAGUUUGAAUAAAAAUUAGGCUAUCGGAUCCCCGAGCGAGGACGGCUUGGUGGACGAAUAAAGACCCCAGUUCGUGUCCGUUCGUGCUUUGUUUUUAAUAUUCCGAUAAUAAAAGAAUUCCUUCGGUGUAAUAAUGCGUGAAUGUCUUGCUUUUUCAAAUGCCUUUUUGGAGAUAACGAUGGAGAACUUAUAUUGGAAACAUUUUUACGUUAACCCGUGAAAGCUCAAGUUUAAUAUCUGUAAUGCAAACUUUACUCGCACUUUAGUCCGUUGGGUAGGUUGUCUUGUUUACAACAUUGGCCCACCACCUGCCGGCAAUUAAUUGGCUAUAAACAAACGGCUCUGUUGCGACUCAUUGCACUGUAUCGAAAUAUAUUAUGAGAAUCCAAUUUGUUGGUAUCAAAUUUUUCUAUUGUAACUAAAAUUUCAUUACUUGGAGAAGGUGACAACAAGUCCGUAAAAGAAUCCGUCCAGAAAGUAGUAACUUAACUCGCAUCAUUGCUCUGUGGAAAGGAGAUAAGAAAAGCUUGCAAAAUUACCUGGUGACGUCAUUUUCAUAAAUGUUCUGCCCGUUUUCCAAGAACUACUAGAAGAUGUUGUGAUAACACCUUUUUUAGUUUAUUCAAUGAACGUCUCUUAGGGUUUUAAAAAAAUACACUUUACUGCAUGUCUUGUUAUUUGUCUUUCUUUCUUUCCUAUGUUUUUGUCGAGCUUAUUGACUCAGUUUGUAACACUAUAGCUGUUCACAUCCGUAAAACAAGUUCCAGUUCUCAUAAAAAGAAAUCGAAACUUCAUACGCGGCGCAGAGCUCUUCUUUCUAACUAUUCAAACUGACAUUCUAUGAUUGACGCUCUUUCCUUUUGAGUAAGUGCUUAACGAGCAACUCACAGUGAGGUUCGUGACUCUUUCUUUUCUUUCUCACUUACAUCAAUUUUUUGUGGUUUAAUUCUGCUCCGCAGAUUUCUCGUAAAUUGCUCUUCUGUCCCGACUGUCUGAAAGGAAGCAAAGGUAACUUGACAUAGUCUGCAGUAUGUGCUACUGAAUGAUUAUUAUUCCUCACUACUUCCGAGGCUCAAUAUAGGUUUGCAGGCUGGAGCAUAUUCCUUUUUGUUCCUCAGGCUAUUUAUCAAUUACAUAAUAUUAUGUAUAAACAUAACAAUAACAAUAGUAAAAACUGGCUCCAAGGAGUGUAUUUCAAUCCAACUGGAAUUUUGUAGAAUCAGGAUCUUUUUAAUUCAUAAGAGGGGGAGGAUAAAAGGUCAUGAAUUUACAGUAAUUAUGGGAAUACCCGAGGUGCCGGCUCGGUCCGUCCGAAAUAUCGGGAAACCUCAAGUGUCGCUUUUGUCUUUACUGUUUUGUUAAUUUAGUAAUGUUUAUGUUCUCAACCGUGAACGCAUUUGCAGUACGCGUACUCGACAUAAUUGCGUUAUCGGUAGCUUGAGAAAAACAGCCGACCUUUUGCAACGCCACCAACGGUUCUACGUGGAAUGACGUCUAAGGAAAGCGGGCACAAAUUCCAUCUGGGAAGUGUGUCUGAUCGACUGACUGAUUGAUUAAUUGACUGAUUGAUUGACUGAUUGAAGCUUCAUCCAAUCAGAAGUACCGUUGUUUGGGGCGCAUAAUGUCGGCUGGGUAUAUUUGACUACGCCAUCGCGUUUUUGAAACGUAUUGUAAGUAACUGAAAAUAUAAUUGACCAGCUCUAUCAGCUCCUCAUAAAAGCCGAUUGGAAUAUCAGGGAAUAUUUGAACGGCGGAUUCAAAAUCUAUAAGAAGAAAGACUGCCGGAGUCUUUCUUCUCUUAAUCUAUUCACUAUGAAAGAUGAAAUACUUUGAAAUGGCUUUAGCUACAACCACCAUAUCUCUUAUAUUAAUCAACAUUAUCAUUUCUCUUAACAGAUCAUCAUGAUUUAAUCAAACAAAGCGUCAUUUAUAAACAACGCAAAAGAAAAUCCAUCCAGGAACCACAACCUUCUGGUAGGUUCUGAUCAUUGCUUCAGCUACUUUAAUUUUCGAUUGAAAAUGGGAUCUUAAGUUCUAAGUAUUGUUUCUUUGCUGCUCACUACAUCUCAAAUUGACUUGAAAUAAAUGCUCAAUCCAAUCGGCAUUUGAAUGCAUCAGUCUUGAGGGUUAUACAUUUCCAAGGUGUUACUUUCUUCGUUCUCACUUUUUCCUGCUGGGAACCUUGCUCUCACCAGAAUAAUACGCGUACUUGUCCUUGGAAAAUAAUCAUUUCUUCAGUUCAAUGAAUUAAUAGAAAAUGGAUCGAAAUUUAUUCAACGAAUGUCGUUGUUUUGACAUUUAGUUACACGAAAAAAAAAAAAAAAAAGCCGUUACACUUGUAGUACAUCAAGUACCUUCCUACUUCUUAGAAGGCAAAAAUCUUUUGUUGAGCAAUUGAAAAUUUCCGUGAAAAUAUUAUGACUUACUCCGACGAUCGAUGACUAUGAAUGAUCUAGGUAGAGGGAUUUUGAACGGCAUCAUUAAAAAGUCUUAGAAGUAGGGUAAAAAUUGAUUUAAUAAUGCAGGAGUUGUGGCUGAAAAUGUGUUUCAGACUGCCCCCUAAACUCACCAACGGCACCACUUCCGGACUGGACACCAAAAGUAAACGUAUCGUUUGGACAAUACGUUGACUCUGAGCAGUGGUACAUUAACUGCUCAUGGACGUCUAUGAAAGGUAAGAAAAUCCCAUAGAAGAGUUUCUGUGAUAUAGAUAUGAAUGAUUGACAAAUGAAAUCUAAACCUAUAAUGAGCUUAAUGCAAGUAGACACUAGCCUGCGAAGGAGGGCUGGGAAGAAAGGGAUGCAAAUAAAAAAGUUCAUAAAACCCUUGAAUACGCGGCCUUUUUACUCCUCCCCCGCCCCAAACGACUUUUACCAGGACUAAAAACCACGCAAGCUGGAUUUGGAGAUGCUUGAUCUGCUCAUGGAACUCAAAAUGCCUUUGGUAGUGCCGGAUCCAGACCUUGAGAUAAGGAGGGGGCCCCGGGUCAUCCAAACCCUGAGGUAAGCGGGGAGUCCGGUGUCCAAAAAAUUUUUUUCGACCCUUCGGCCAUAAGUUUGGUCUAAAACUAAGGAGGGGGCUGCGCCCCCGCGGGUUCCUCCCCUGGAUCCACCAAUGCUUGGGUAAGCACAUGCCUUGACGAGUCUCAUAACAUUAAUCUCACCUUCCAAAUUGUUUUAUACCUUCCAGAUCCUCAUGGCCAACGAAAUGGCAUCGUGAUUCACCUUGAGAUCGAUAAAGGAGAUUCUUUCAUCAAGCCAGUUGUUUGCUUUAGAUUGUCUAAGGUAAGGAAAUUAAGGAGCUCACUCAUUUAUUCGCGUUCAGGACGUGCGUAUCUACAUAAGACAAAAAACGGAAAGGAAGAAAGAAAGAAAGAAAGAAAGAAAGAAAGAAAGAAAACGGAAUUGAACUACUUUAUUUGAAACAAACAAGCAAGCAAAAAAGAUUACGCAGUCAUUUAAACAAAGCCAGGCCAAAAUAGUUCAGAACCAAGACUCGCCACGGCUGGAAAUUUCAACGGUGAUUAGUUUGAUAAUUACUCAAUUUAAAGUAUUCUUUUAAAAUUCAUCAAGAUGCAUAUUGGGCGAUUCGGUUUAGAUCGUGCAAUCGGUUUGUGCAGUAUCCUGAUUCUUUUUACCGGUCAUGCUGUUCAAUGUAAUUUGACGACGUAAAGUAAAUGCAGACAGGUCGAAUGCAACGGAUUGUCUCGUAAUUUCUGCUAACUAAAUAAUUGCUUUAUGCUACAGUCAUCAUGUUUUCAUUCUUACUAGCAAUGAGAUUGUACCGGAUUUGGUGAAUUCGUUAUAGGUCGCACCAAAUUUUUAGUGAUUCUUGCUAAAAAAAACUCUUUUUAGUGGUUUUCUUGUAAAUUAAGUACUUUUCCAAAAUGAAGUUGUAGAAAAUUUUGUAUUCCACGUUUCUCCCAGGCGACUUCACGCUAGAACAUGUUUCAAAUAAGCUCAAAAUUUGUGCGCGUCCUUUUGAUUGAUUAAUUUUUUAAAAAAAAUUUGCAUUACCAAGAGAUAAUUGGACUUGUUUUGGAAUUUAUUUAAUUUAUUCUUUUUAAAGUAGGUGUAUAGUAAAAAGAAAGAAAAAAGCAUUUUACAGGGGACACUUUUAAUACGAGCACGGAGUUAAUACCUUUAACAGUAAGUUAAAAUUAUGGCAGAUGGGUAUCUCAAUCAAGAGACUAUAGUCUCUUGUCUCAAUACAUUGAAAGUAUAAUGAUUAUUUGACGAAGUAGCAAGCGUAAUAAUCAGCCUAAAAAGAAAUAUACAUUUUGAUUUUAGCUAACACUGAAGCUCAUUUGUUUCAGACAGCGACAUUUUUCCGCAUUGACAUCUCCUCACUAUAUAACUACAGUCGUGGGAAUCCAGUUUAUCUAAAGGCAAGUAGAAUUACGUUAACUUUACACUAAGUGUAUUACUUCGUCGUUAUUAUUUAUAUUCGCGUGAGGUUAUUAUAGCAAAAGCCAAUCAUCAUGGUAUACAUAUACAUACAUUAAAAAAAAAACCUAACAUACGUCUAUUCAAAGCAUUCAAAAACAAAGAUAAAUAUAUACAAAAAAUGCUUUGAAAAGGGAGUUUAAUAAGGGGUUGGCCCUAUGAAAAAAACUUCCUAAUGAAAACCUUAAAAACAUUCUAUAAGUAUUCAAAUGUAAUGUUGAAAAUUUACAUCCAAAAAGGUAGUUAAAAAUAUAACCAGUAAAACCAAUAUAACCUUUGAGAGGAGAAGGAGGGGGCAGAGGAAUUUCGGCUAAACAUGGUAAAAAUGAGCUGAGGCCAUCUUUGAAGUGAUACCCGUUCCUAACUAUGGAAACUUUUCGUGAUUUCUGCUCCCAUUGAGUUCCUUAAAAUUCAUCAAACAAACAAAAAAUAAAUAAAUAAACAUGAAGGUAGUAGUUCUCUUGGGAUAAUUAGUCAUCAUGUUGAAAAUUAAACAGGAAUGUUUUCCUCCUAAUUAUAUAAAUAGUCAUAUAUAAAUUCUUUACCUUAACUCUCCCGGGACCAGUCUGGGAAUCGUAUAUAUCUGAGGUAAAGUUUGAAAUAUGUUUGAAAUCCAUUGGAUAUAAUCGACAGAAUCGACAGUGGAUGUGAAACAAGAGAAAAAAAGGAGUAAUUUUAUGGUCAUGAAAUUUUGAUUAUUUUGAUUCCAGUAUUCAUUGAGGCGUAAUUGAAUUAUUUUGCUUUCUUCCGCCUUUCUAGGUUAUUGGUGUUCCUUUCGUAAAUGAAACUCUACUAACACGUCAUACGCCAUAUCCUCGUACGCCAUAUCCUCGUAAGUUAACUUGCAAUUUGAAAUGUUAAGUUUUACUAUAAUAAUUUUUCAAAAUCCAGACUUAAUUACAUAGUUUAUGAUCUACCCCGUUCUACACCACAUUCCUGUGAGUUAUGUACGUGUAAUUCAGAAUUUUAAGUUUUGCUGUAAAUUAAGGUUUAAAAAAAUUUAUUCAUUUUUGAUUUCCGAAUACGUGGUUUCUUAAACGAUGAUAAUUAUUCUAACUUAUAGUUUUUUUCCUUUCCAUUCUUAGAGCUUUCAGCGCUGAUGAAAAAGCGACUAUUAUGUUGGCGCUAUUUAUCAUUAUCAUUAUCAAUAUUAUUAUUAUUACUAUUAUUUCUACUACUGCUAUUGUUAUUAUUUCAUAGCGACUACGGAAUCGACUACACCAUUUGUACCUCCUACAACAACAAGUGCAAAUGGUGAGUAUCAACUAUUACCAAUGACUACGUUUUGUCAAUAUUUCUUUGCCGCCCUAAAAUCAUUAUUUUUUAAGUAGCCAUAUAUUUGACCCUUGACUUGCAAUCUUCCCUUAAGUUACCAUAGAAACCACAUCUACGUAAUUGUUAGAUGCCCAUAUAAAUUAACUAGUAAAACUGGAACGGAUACCAAGUACCAAUAGACACCGCGCUCACUGCCAGUUUGACUCAGAUCUCUAAUAUCAUCAGAGAGGCUUACGCUCAUGAUUAGCUGCUUGGGAUCAUUAUAAAUCCUAAAAUUGCAGGUAAAUACCAUUUUUAAUAGUGCUUGCACAGAGCUAAGGUUAGGAUUUCGUUAUCCAUUUCAGGCUCAUUUGAAGGAGAGUAGGUGAUGGGCUUUCGAAACAACCAUAACUCCCAAACAAAAUCGCGAGUCUUAAGAGUGCACGCAUUUUCUUUCGAAGGAUGUUAUUUACACGUUUUACUCACUGCAACUAAUAUCUUGAACUUCCAGUUACCAAUACUAAAUCUUCUCUCGGAUGGACACUCAACGGACGAAACGGUAUUUUAUACAAAAUCGUUUUUUUUUUAAGUAAUUGGCGGCAUCACUAAUAAGAAAGCUAAUUCUAAAAAAAUUACUUUACAUUAGUAUCGAGCAAAUUAAUGAAAUUAAAAAUGACUAUCAGACAAAUAUUAAUCGGAUAAAUUGAAAAUUAAUAAUUUGCUACAAAUAGGUACUUUUUAUUUCUUACAAGGUUCCAGUAACAAAGAUGCCUAUGCAGUUUCCAUAUCCGUUGGCAUCCUGGUUGGCCUUGCUCUAGUUGCUGGUUUGUUGGUGUACUUCUUUCGACCAAUAAAGCUGAACAUUGAGUUGCCUGCAGGUUUGUUUUUUUAGGUUUAUGUUACGGAAUGCAGUCUACUAUCAUUACAGUAUAACCGAAAAUUAAAAGAUUUGGUGGUCGCUCAUAGCAGGUGGCAUCCUCGGAGACCCAGGGGCGGUCAGUAGGGCCGGGAUAAACGGCAGUGAAUGCCAAUCAGAGACAUUAGCAUUCAAAUGGGUCAUGGAACUGGUUCGUUAAGGGUAGCAUCCCAGGGGCUCUCUCGCCCACUCUUAAAGACUUCGCCAGACCCAUGAGCAGGUGGUCGCUUACGAAAGGUAGUCGCAGUAGACGUUCGACUGUAUUAUUAUUAAUUUACCUUCUCUUCGUAGGUAUCAAAUACCACGCGUUUAUAGCGUACAGUAACGAAGAUCAGCCAUGGGCCGACAAGAUCCUAAAACUACUGGAGGGAAAAUACCAUUUAAAGUGCUGUAUACACUACAGAGACUUUCCAGUUGGGAGAAAUUUUCAAGACAGUAUGGCCGCCAGUGUUUACCAAAGCCACAAAGUCAUAGCCCUAUUUUCAAACAAUUUUGUGCAUAGCGAAUACUGUAAAUAUGAAUUAGAUGUAGCAAUAGGACGACAGGUACACAAUCGCGAUCUCAGUUUGGUUGUUAUAAGAAUUGAUGGAGUCGACUUUGCGCAUCUUCCUUCAGAACUCAGGGAAAGAAGCUUGAUAGACUACAAUGAUAUUUUGCAAAGACCACUUUGGAAGAAGAAUCUACUUGAGUUUUUCAAAUCACCACUUCACUCCGAAUGUCACUCUGACAAUGGGAAAAAUGGGAGUGAUACAACUGCAAGGGUUAACAGCACUACUGGCGACAAUUCAGAUUCGCCCUUAAUAGUGUAGUUUAGGAAGAAUCUUUGCUGAAUGCAACACAACACAAAUCUCAGUUAGCUGAUAGAGUAAGUUUCAUACUUCCAGCGAAGAGGAGGAAAGCAUAUCUUGAAAAUGUCAAAUGUGUAGACUCCUGAAGACCUUCCAAUUCAAUAUUUUAACCACAAAUUCAAACUUGAGGAAAAAAGCAAGCUCUGAACUUUGCUAAAGUCAGUAAUGCUUCCAGUAAGUGACGGCAGGAUGCAAAGCGGAUUUGGAUUGCAUCAGUGAAAACAGUCUUUAAAAUCACAUAACAAUUUACUUAAAGAAUAAAGCUUCAGAUUGGUGGGUGUGGCAACGAAACAGCUAUUUCACAACCCUACAAGUAGAACUUCCUUUCGUCUUCUUUUUGAUCGAGGAGAAGAAAAUUAGGAAGCUCUGUCCGAAUCCCGUCGAGCCUAAACCUUUGGACAAGUCAAUCUUGUUAUCUCUGUAAUCAAACUAGUUUUUCGAAUACCAGCAUCCGUUUAUUGAUAAGUCGAUAGUCAUAAGUGAGCCCGCUGAAACGUCUGUAUCCUGCUUGCAGCAAGCAGCGCCUACUCAACAAAGAUCUCAUUCGUGCAGAGUCUUUACUGAGUACUCCUAAAUCUAGCAAGCGAAAGAAAUUAGGCUCCCCAGGCAAGGUACGAUUGUUCGAACUGAUCCCAUGAAAAAGCACUUUGAUGUGGUAAAUUACCUUCCUUUCACUUCCCUAACUGAACAUAAAUACUUAAUACCAAUUUUCAGUUGGAGAAUAUCAAGCUUGUUAACCUCGAUAUCACGAACGAUACUGCAUUCCCUACUUAAGUUAUAACAAAAUAUAUGGAAAAAAACGUCGUUGUAGCGAACGCACUUGGCCACUACCCUCGGCCCUUCAUUAAAUCGAGGUCCCACUGCCCUUAAAACUUAAACGUGUUUGCAACUUAGGGAAGUAACUGACUAGUAAGACGUAAGGCUUAAUUAAUCAUUAAGAACUCAUCCAGCAAAUCAGAAGACAGUAAUAUCCUAUGAAGCAGAAUUUUUUUUUUGAGGCCAUUUUUAACUGCUAGGAAAAAUGUAAGGUACCUCUAUUUAGUUUUAUUAAUUUAUAUCUGAGUGAGAAUAAAUAUUCUGAAAAUAAUUAUUCAUAAGUAUGUUAAGUUAUAUCCAUUCGCCUGUCGAAAAACAAUUGCCUUUCUCUUUGCCGUGAGCAAAAAAGACGUUUCAAAACACAAAUCUCAAUUGACCUCCUUUGAUCUCUUUCUUUUUGCCCUCAACUCGGAACAGUCUAUUUAAACAUCUCUGAAGUGAUCACAAAUAUCCUGGUUAGACAAGAAAAAGCAAGGGAAUACUGAUUUUCAUUAAAAAAAACGAAAAUGAUUGGCACAGCCAACAUAUUUCCUAGGACAUCCAAUAUUUCCCUAACCAUAAACAGUCUUACAUGUUUGUGACUGAAUGAAAACCAAGGUUCUUUUGCUAGGUUCGGAGCUAAGUUUUGGAACUCUAUUUGCGAUGAACUCCGUCAACUCCUCAAGACAGCUUUCAAAACACAUAUCAGUGACAUGUUACUUUCGUUAUUAGAGGCUGAGGACGAUUAUGAUCACGUGUCCAUUCCGCUUCAAAAAAUAGCGAACUAUAAAGUUUAAUUUGUACAGUAUAAACAGCUUAAUUUAGUUUCGCAAGUUACAAGUGGUUGAUUUUGUAAAUGUUAGUUAUUUACGUUUAAGCUUUAUUUACUUAUUUAUGUAUAUUUUUUAUUUAUUCGUGAUUUACCACUGACUGCUGUAGUGUACCCCUGUAUCUACGCCAGCCUCGCACCUGCUAAUUGCGUGCGGAAAUAGACUUCAUGUAAAUGUUAAUUGUUAAUAAGGUGUGUGUGAAAUAAAGUAUAACCAAAAACAGUGUUAAAAGCGUUCGUAGCUUUUAUAGUCCGCCGUUUAUAUUUAUGCGGU